AUGGAAGCACCUGUAUCCGAAGUUGAGUAUCUAGCCAACGAAGUAAUACUCAACUCCCACCCAGUUUCGUAUCACAAGUUUUCGCGUGUGUUGAAUAUACCGAUAUCACAAGCUAAAAAGACCUUAUAUGAAUAUUACACCAAGAACAGUGAACAAGUCUCGGCCUCAUUUGUAAUCACCGGAGUCAGCAAAGAUGGUGUCAAGGCUAUAAAGUAUUCGGAGAAUGAAGGCAAACUUGAACAUGAUGUGCAAAAGUUUGCAAGUAUAACCACAAUCCACGUAUUCUGCGUAAUAAAAAAAGACCUAAACAUCACAAACAAUGAGGUUGCUUUAGAAGAGUUGAAGGUACAAAGCCAAUUGAGUAAAGUUCAACAAUACGAAAAGAAUGGAAUGAUUGUUGGACCCCCAAUAGAUACCAAAUCACUUGAAGAUGUGGUAGAUACAACUUCAACACCAACACCAACAACUGCAACAUCGACAGUAAAAAACUCAGAAGACAAGCAAAAACCGAAAGAGGUCAAAAGUUCAGGUCUAUCAUCGUCUUAUGUUUCGAGAAAACAACAAAGUCAACCAUCGAAACCUGUGUAUGCAUCACGCAAACAAGAAUCUAGCACUGAUCAGAGGAGGGCUGUAAUUGAACCUCCCGCCCCUACAUAUCAAUACAAAUCGCGUAAGCUAGAGCAAAAGCAACCGAAAGAAAGGAUCAUAAUGGGCAAUUUGCAUAAAGAUCUCGAGGAAGAUGAUCUAGUUGAUGAUGAUCUAGAGUCGAAACGUCAACAUGCACCACCUCCAACGACGGACUUGGAAAAGUUAUUUGAUGGAGAUGAGGAUACUUUUCAGUUCAGUGAUGAAGAUGAUGUGACUCAUAACGAUGAUGCUGCGGAUUCAAAAGCAACAGAGCGUAGAGAAAUAGUUGGUGAACUACAAGUGGAAGAGCAUCCACAAGAUGAUGAACUUGAAGUUGAACCAGGAAACGAUGAACCAGAGGAGCAGUUGUUUGUUGAAGAAGAGAAUAAUGAUGAUGCCGAAAACGAUACGGAAACUGUCAAAGAAGUGGACGAAGAUGGAUACACGGUGACCAAGCGUAAACCAAAAUCUGUGACAAAGCCAACAAGGAAACCCGUUGCUACUAAACGUACAGCUCCAUCCACUACUACCUCAAAAGUAAAGAAGCCAAAUACCGAUGGCAAGAAGAAGACACAGACUUCAUUGAUGAGCUUUUUUGGAAAGAAGUAA